AUCAAGUUGUUUGAUAGAGAACACCAGAUCUGCUGCUUCGGUGGACGUGAAUCAGCGCAUGCGCUGUGUCGCCUCUGUCCGCCAGGGCGGUGAUCUCUCUCCCACCCUCUUACACACACACGCACGCACACACACACGCACACACAUACACGUUCUGUCUCUCUAGCACUCUCUCACUCUCUCUCUCUGUGGGAAAAACCGGAGCAGGAGGAGAGCAGCAGAAGGGGGAGGAGGCGGACUCCUUCUUCUUCCGAUACAGCGGCGGCAGGAUAUUUAGAAAAAUAAGAAAAAAGAAAUCCACGCACCAACCCCCCACCCCCCCCCCCACCCCGGUGCGGAGCUGCAGAGCAAGAAAGAAAAGAAAAAACACACGGAUGUGCCUCCGAAAGAGCAGCGGAUACCGCCCUCCGGACCUUAUUAAUGCCAAGAUUUACACAGGUCCAAUCCCGGCCGAGCGAGGGGGCGAGCUGGCCAUGGGGGGAGGUCGCAGCGAGACCUCGGCACUGAGCGGGACGGGAGGGGGGCGGGGCAUGACCACGACGCAGAAUUCCCAACGGCCCAACGCCUGCUGCUUCUGCUGGUGCUGCUGCUGCAGCUGCUCAUGGAAUGAAGAGGAGCGGCGGAGGAGGAGGAAGAGAAUAUCACAGGACACCAAGAUGGAAACCAUACCAAACUGUGAAGCCUGCACCAGACCCUCAGCGGAAGAGACCCGUCUGUGGUCUCAGUCUUUCGACAAGCUGAUGAGGAACGCUGCGGGUCGCAAUGUUUUUCGGGAGUUCUUGCGGACGGAGUACAGCGAGGAGAACAUGCUGUUCUGGCUGGCCUGCGAAGACCUCAAGGAGGAAAUCAACAAGGGCGCCAUUGAGGACAAAGCGCACUCCAUCUACGAGGACUACAUUUCCAUACUGUCGCCAAAAGAGGUGAGUCUGGAUGCCCGGGUUCGAGAGGUGAUCAACAGGAAGAUGCAAGAGCCGACGACUCAGUCGUUUGAGGACGCCCAGCUCCAGAUCUACACGUUGAUGCACAGGGACUCCUACCCACGAUUCCUCUCCUCCAGCAUCUACAAGUCGCUCCUUCACGGCGGCUCGCGUACCUCUUCUGAAUCCUAGUCCCUCACCCCCCCCCCCCCCCCCCACACACACUUCUGAUCCUGCAACUACAGGAUUGACGCCAGACCAUUUCAUUGCUUCUCGAGCAAAACACGUUCCAAAAAUGAUCCGAUAACUCCUCGCCUCCUCAGAUCACUUCUGAGAAUGUCAAAUCUCUCGGAUCAUUUUUUUCUUCUUUUCCAUCUCCUCAACUUUUAUUAUUGUUGCCAAGACGUCCUCUCCUCCUCUCAGCUCCAGUCUCCAGUUGACGCCUCUCUUCUUUAUUUAUGUUGGUCUCUUAGUUCUGACUAAAUCUUCUUACAUUCGUUUCCACUGUUAACGCAUCAGCAUAAAAAUAUGGCAAAAAUAUAUGCCAGGUAAUAGUUGCAAUUCAUUAUUUGUUGUUUUUACUUACAUUUUAUUUAUUUUUUGUCAGAAUGGAAAAGUCUGUCUGACUCUAGGCCGAUUUUGUUGUUAAAUAAACUCCCUCACAAACAAACAUGUUGGAUUAGGUCCACUUUCUGUCUUUUCUGGACCUUUCAACCUCAUCUCAGUCUUCCUCGGUGGAUGAAGUCAGCACAGCCUGAAGGUUUGAACAAACACUGUCUGGAAGGAUGUGGUCCAAAGGUCUGGAAAAAGCUAAGUGGCCUGACAAAUAUUGGAUUUUUGCCUCUGAUAAUAAUAUUUAACGCUUGAAAUUAAAAGCAUUAAGGCUUCCAUCAUUUCUACUCGACUCCAAAAGCUGCUGAACACUUCAACCCUUCUAUCCUUUAAACCAAUGUCCUGCCUUAGAACCUCUCCUUCUCCCUCGUCACCUCUCCUUUUUCCUGUUUUUAUCUCAACAACUCCUCAACAGAGAAGAAAGCUAUCUGGAUGUUGAAGAAUGGGAUAUUAUUUACUUGGGAGAUUUUGAUGCAUUUCAAUGGCAGAUUCUUAUUAGAUUUUUACUAAUUUGCCCCUCAGAUGUUCAUUGAAGAGCCAAACGGUGGCUGUCCCUGACAUCCGCCGACCUCGUCAACUUGUUUUUAACGCUGCAGUUCUCUGCUCUGAGAGCGAUGGAAAGGACAAAGGAAAAAGAUGGAUGUUGUCACAUUUCUUCUCUUUCUCUCUCUUGUAACUGGAACACACAGGCCGCUCCCUCCAUCGCCAACGACAAACCACGGAAACAAGUUUCAUGUUUCAUAUUUCUGUUCUUAUUCACUCGUUUAGUGGAUAAACCAUUUCACCCCUGUGAUAAUCAAACGGACAAAUGGAUGGAAGUCACUUCCUUCCGACUACUGAUUUACAAACAGACAAGACAUCUAUUUUUUAAGAGAAAACUAUAUGGAACACUUUAAUGAUGUUGAUUAUUCUUGGUUUUGUUUAUUUGGUUUAUCCCAGUCUCUCCCCUUGCUGGAUUCUUUUGCAAGCGACUGUACUGACCUCCACCUGACCCCACACCACGGACACCACUGGUGCAAUAAACACUGGAGUUUGAAACACACAAACACUUACACACAUUUACACAAUUUGUGUUACUAUACAAUUGGUUCAUUAUUUUUUUAUAAUUGGUAAGCUGAUUGGCUUUUUCUUAUUCUAUGUUUUUAGAUUCAAUAUAUCUUUGCGAUUUUCUACGAUUGACGUGACAAAAAAAUUUCUGGGAUUUAUUUAUGUUGUUUAAGUCCAGGAAGUCCCAUAGAACAUCGCAGGGAAGAGGUUGGGGUCAAUUAUGGGGUGGGGGGUCAACAAAGUGCCAAAUUGAAAACUUCUGUUUUAUUGGUCAGGACCAAAAAAGAUUAAAUGGUCUCAGAUCAAGUUUUAACACUAAAAAUCAUAGUUGUCCUAAUAAGUAUAGUAAUACAACACACACACACACACACACAUACAACAGGGUGGCCAACCUGGGCCCUGCUGCUGCUGACCUCUGCCUCUCCCCUUUGACCUCACCACUGUCGGUCAGCCACUCAGACGCCUGCUCCUGAGUGGCUGCAGGAGGUUGUUGGGCUGAACUGUGGUUGGUCGAUUCAGGAAGGGGGGUGGGAGAAAAUCCCAGGUGCAAAAAAUAUUUAGAUAUUUUAAUGAAAAACAAUUUAUAAAAAUGAUAUAUAGGAAAAAACGAUGUUAUUUGAGAUGGGAUGCUUACACCCAGUGCUUUGUGGGAAAUGUAGUUUAAAAAACAAUGUUUGUAGUUGUCUGCGGAGGUCUGAACCAGACAAGUCACUCAGAAUGCAUUCAUCUAAGUAUUGUUAAUGUUAUUUAUUUUAUAUUUUGUUAAAACUGUCAUUUUAAUUGUGUAUAUAUAUAUAAACAGAAACCCUUGAACAUCCAA